UUACGUAGAAUUGUUAUUUUAUUCAAGCUGAUAAGUGGCGCUAUUUAAUGGCAUACAUCUGCGAUGCUGCAUCAAUUGGAACAGUGCGCUCAGAUCGUGAUCAUCCACAAGAUGAAGGUUCUAAUAUUUCUCGUACUCGCUGCCGUGGUUCUGGUGAAAGCCGACAGUCCUUACAAAUAUCUACUGCGAGAAAAAAGGAACGUUCAGGUGUGCACCCCCGGUGAAACGAAAAAAGAAGAUUGCAAUAACUGUUUCUGCAUUCCCGAUGGUUCUGGAUGGGGUUGCACCCGGAUGGGAUGUGUACACCGACCAGUGAAUCUUCCCGAAACUGCUGAAGUCGCGACCGCUAAUGAAGCCGAAUCUGGGGACCGAUCUAAGCGUCAGGCCGGUCUCUGCGUGCCACAGACAAACUGGAUGGAAGAAUGUAAUCGCUGUUGGUGUACUAACAGUGGCAUUCCUGCGUGUACUCUGAUGGCUUGUCCUCCUAAAGUACCACUUACGCGGCCUGCAGUCCAGCUAUAGAGAUUUUAAUCUGGUGAAAUGAUACAACCCAACCGUGUCUCGAAGCCAUCACGCAAUCCUCCUUGGUACUUUAUAUAAUAUAUACAUGUAUAGUACACGUACGUAUUUGUCAUGCGAUAUCAAUGUACAGUGAACAGUUGCAAAAAUAAAUGAUUGUGAAAAAAUGUA